AUGGGCCAUAUUGCGCGGUUGGGACUAAUCACGCGGUGCGGACUCAGUGCCGUAAUCCAUCCGCUCGGUCGGAGGGAUGCCGAAAUUACUCGCUAUAAGAAGCAGUCUCACAUUUGGUUCCGCUCGGCUGGGGCCAUCCAUGCGAAGUUCGUUUUUGAUGUUCAUUCAAGGCUUCAAUUUAGCACUGGGAAGCGAGAGUUAUUGGGGGCGCAGAAUUUCGGCGCGAACUUCCGAGUUCCCAGUGUUGCCACGAUUGGCCCCAAUUUUCGGGAUUCAGAGGAGAUAUCCGGUCAAGCCACGCUACAUGUACAUUCCGAACUCAAUUUCGAUAUUGCGAGCUGGGACUACACGCAGAUAUAUCCCCCCUCUGGGUUGAUGGCAUUGCCUCAACAGGAGGUCCCGAUUCAAAACGAUAAGUCCGAUACAACAGUGGACUGGCUUCAACCCGAGUUGAACUACGAUGUAGAUGCGAACGGAGGAAUUGUAGGCCGGUCGUAA